AUGUUUCAUUCAGAAUAUGAAAAAAAACUAAGAUCACCAUCCAAGUCACCAAGUAGUUCAAAAUCAUAUUAUCAAAGUAAUGGUAUAUAUUCAUCACCAAUACCAUUACCCCUAUCUUCCUUCUUUCAAACCAAUAUAGAUAGUAAUAACAAUAAUACUAUUAUUUUAACCACAAGUAAUGAAAACUAUGAUGAAAACAGAUCACCCAUAAAAAGGUCGCCAAGUAAAACAACAAAUUUAAUGGGAACACCAACUACAGCAUCAACCAAUACAGUUUUAUCAAAUGAUAGUUAUGGAGAUAGAUUUAUACCAAUGUCAAUAGGUAUUGAAUCACAAAAUCAUUACAGUAUGGAAGAAAGUAAUUUUUUUUAUCCAAGUGAAAAUAAUUUAUAUACAAUCGAUAGACAAAAAGAUGAAAGUCAUUUGGCAUAUAAUAUGAUUUUAAAAAAUGAAUUAUUGGGGUCAUUAUCAUCAUCUUUUUUAGAGACCAUUUCUGCAUCACCAAUUAAACAAAUCAAUUCAAAUAUAAAUAACAAUAAUAAUAAUAAUAAUAAUAAUACUGCGAACAAUAGUAAUCACCAACAAAAUAUAUUGGAUGCACCAAUGAUCAAAGAUGAUUUCUAUUUAAAUUUAAUUGAUUGGAGCUCACAGAAUAUUUUAGCUGUUGGUUUAGAUACAAGUGUAUAUUUAUGGAAUGCAACUACAAGCCAAGUAUCAAAGCUUUGCGAAAUGGAGCCAAACCAACCAGUUUCAUCCGUCGGAUGGAUACAACGUGGUACCCAUUUAGCUAUUGGUGGUAAUGAUGGUAUUGUUCAAAUUUGGGACGUAACUAAGAAAAAGAAAAUCAGAGAAUUGCAAGGUCAUUCAUCAAGAGUAAAUUCUUUGGCAUGGAAUAAUUAUAUACUAAGUAGUGGUGGUAAAGAUAAAGUAAUAUUGAACCACGAUGUAAGGUCAAGUGAAAACUCUUUUGCUUCAAGAUUGGUCGGACACAGACACGAGAUUUGUGGUCUUAAAUGGUCACCAGACGGUCAACAACUUGCAAGUGGUGGUAAUGAUAAUUUAUUAAAUGUUUGGGAUAAUUCAAAUUCAUCAAAACCAUUGUAUCAAUUUAAAUUCCAUUAUGCUGCCGUCAAAGCUAUAGCAUGGAGCCCACAUCAAAGAGGUUUACUCGCAAGCGGAGGUGGUACUCACGAUAAAUGUAUUCGUUUUUGGAAUACAAUGAAUGGACAAUCCAUCCAAUCUAUAGAUACUGGUUCCCAAGUUUGUAAUUUAGCAUGGUCAAAGAAUGUAAAUGAAUUAGUUAGUACUCAUGGCUACUCUCAAAAUCAAAUUAGUGUUUGGAGUUACCCAUCUAUGACUCCUGUGACUACUCUUACUGGCCACACAAUGAGAGUUUUAUAUUUGGCUGUUUCCCCUGAUGGUCAAACUGUCUGUACUGGUGCCGGUGAUCAUAGUUUACGUUUUUGGAAUAUUUUCCCUUCAAAUAAAGAAUCUAGUUUUUCAACAAAAUUAGAUUCUUUUUACAAUAAAAAGGAAUUAGAUAUCAGAUAA